CACCCGCUCCCGGCCCGGCCCCGCGCGGGGCCCGACGCCAGCGCUCCGGCCAGCGGCUCCAGGGCCGGCCGGCGUGUGCACUCGGGAGCCGCGAGCCACUGUUCCGAGUGGAGACAGGGACCGACGGCGCCCCGGGCGCCCGGGACCCCGGAGGAGCCCGGCAGAGCCCGACGGGCCCGCAGCCGCGAUGCCGGACGAACUGACGGAGCCCGGGCGCGCCACGCCGGCCCGUGCCUCCUCCUUCCUCAUCGAGAACCUGCUGGCGGCCGAGGCCAAGGGCGCCGGGCGCGCGGCACAGGGAGGUGGCGGCCGCGAGGACGAAGAGGAGGACGACGACGACCCGGAGGACGAGGACGCCGAGCAGGCGCGGCGGCGGCGGCUGCAGCGGCGAAGACAGCUGCGCGCGGGCUCGGGCCCCGGUGGGGAGGCGCGGGCGCGGGCUCUGCUCGGGCCUGGCUCGUUGGGCCUGGGUCCCCGGCCACCCCCCGGCCCCGGGCCUCCCUACGCUCUGGGCUGCGGCCGUGCAACGCGCUGGUACCCGCGGGCGCACGGCGGCUACGGAGGCGGCCUCAGUCCCGACACCAGCGACCGGGACUCACCGGAGACCGGCGAAGACGUGGGCCGCGCUGAGGGCGCCUGGCAGCGGGGCCCCGGCCCCGGAGCGGUGCUGCGGGAGGCAGCGGAGCUGGCAGCGCGGGGCCCUGCGGCCGGCGCGGAGGAGGCGGCGGAGCUGGCCGAAGCUACGGCGGCUGGGGAGGCGCGCGGUGGCGUGGCCGUCGGCGGCGGGCGGAAGAAGAAGACGCGCACGGUCUUCUCGCGCAGCCAGGUCUUCCAGCUCGAGUCCACCUUCGACCUGAAGCGCUACCUGAGCAGCGCCGAGCGCGCCGGCCUGGCGGCCUCCCUGCAGCUCACCGAGACGCAGGUCAAGAUCUGGUUCCAGAACCGCCGCAACAAGUGGAAGCGGCAGCUCGCUGCCGAGCUGGAGGCGGCCAGCCUGUCCCCGCGCGCACAGCGCCUCGUGCGCGUGCCGGUGCUCUACCACGAAAGCCCCCCGGCCGCGGCCGCGGGCCCCCCUGCCGCACUGCCCUUCCCGCUGGCGCCUGCCGCGCCUGCGCCGCCCCCGCCGCUGCUCGGCUUCUCCGGGGCCCUGGCCUACCCGCUGGCUGCCUUCCCGGCCGCCGCGUCUGUGCCCUUUCUGCGGGCGCAGAUGCCCGGCCUGGUGUGAGCCCCACCCGCUGGGCGCGCUCCCCGCGGCGGCUGGGGAGCUCUGCGGACGGACGCGCAGUCGGGUGGCGCCGGAGCGCGGGGCCGGAGGGGCCAUCCAGGCGGGCUCGUGCGCCCUCACAGCCCCUCUGGGCCUUGGGAGGCGAGCUUCGGCCCUGGUGGGCGAGGUGUUGUCCCGAGCUCCCCAAGAAUGUAGCAGGUACGGCCGGACAGAGGCCUCCCACACAGCUGCAAGGUUUGGAACUCCCCCUCCCCCAGGGAAGAGGGUGUCACGGAGAGACAGUGGUCGUGCCACACGGAGUACCCUGGGGACAGGCCUCAGCCUGGAGUCAGUGUCGCCACCUCCUUGGGGGCCGGCACCAGGCCAGCCCCGCAGCAAAGACAGCCACAUGGGGUGCUUCGGCGGUAGCCCGUCCCCCCGUCCCAGCACAAACACCCCUUCCUGGGACCACGCCGGGGCCAGGACGGCAGGCCGCCCGGGGACCGAGAUCAGCCUCCUGGCCCUGAAGCCGGGAUAGGCCGUCGGAGCGGUGGCCCCCUGGGGGAGAGCCCCUGCGGUGGGGGAGGGAAGUGACCUGGGGGAGGGGCCACGACUCCGAUCGUCCCUGCGGAAGACGCGGCCGCAAGGGGCUCCUCUCCGGGCUGCGGCCUCCAUCAGUGAAGACUUGGUUUUGUUUCGUUUUGUUUUUUUUUAAUGAAUCUACUUAUUUGCGUAUGGAAUAAAAAGGGACGUUUUCUGGACAGU